AUGGCUAUCAAAAUCAAAGUGGAGUUCCUUGGAGGACUCGAUGUUAUAUCCUCAUCUGUCAGAGAACAUAAAGCUGUACUCCCAUUCGAUGAAGGCGAGGCUACUAUGAAGGAUGCUAUUAAAUAUAUUUGUGACAACAUCAUCACAGACCCAAAAGAUAUACCUGUUUUUAUCGAGGACGAUAGUGUACGGCCUGGGAUUUUAGUGCUAAUUAAUGACACUGACUGGGAGUUGGAAGGUAUGGAUGAUUAUGUUGUUGAAAGUGGAGAUGUCUUGACUUUUACAAGCACGUUGCACGGUGGUUAA